AUGUCACAGCGAAAACUUCAACAGGAUAUCGAUAAAUUAUUAAAAAAAGUUAAAGAAGGUCUGGAAACUUUCGAUGAAGUUUACGAAAAAUUUGAGUCUAGUGACCCAACAAAUUCAUCAUACAGAGAGAAACUAGAAUCUGAUUUGAAAAGAGAAAUCAAAAAAUUACAGAAACAAAGAGAACAAAUCAAAACUUGGUUAAGUAAAGAAGAUGUAAAAGAUAAAUCAAAUGUCUUAUUAGAAAAUAGAAGAUUUAUUGAAAAUGAUAUGGAAAGAUUUAAAACUAUUGAAAAAUUAAUGAAAGCAAAACAAUUUUCAAAUGAAGCUUUAACAAAUCCUGAUUCAAUUAUUGAUCCAAGAGAUUUGAAAAAGAGAGAAAUUUUCAUCUUUAUUCAAGAUUGUAUUCAAGAAUUACAAAAACAGUUAGAAACUUAUGAAAAUGAUGAUAAUUAUGAAGGUAUUGCAAGACAUGAGUUCCAUAUCAAUAAUUUACAAAAUAUUCUAAAAUUAUUAACUCGUAAUCAAAUUGAUACAAAUACAAUAGAUGAAUUUAAAGACGAUAUCAAAUAUUACGUAGAAAAUAAUGAUGAUCCGGAUUUUGUUGAAUAUGAUACCAUAUAUGAAGAUAUGGGUUGUGAAAUUCAAUUUGCUAACGAUUUAAAUUUAGAAAAUACAAAUGAUAUCAAUACUUCUACUCUUUCAAGCGCUAAUGACUACAUCACCUCCACGACGCCAGUAAAACCCAAUAAUAACCCCUCAACUACCACCUCUACCCCAUCUGCUGCUACUGCUACUGCCACUUUGAGAAAACAGGACCGUUCUUCUCCAAAAAAACUAAAAAAGUCUACCCUCAUUGCAUCACCGUCUAAACAACAAGACGAAGAUUUGUCAAAAGCUACUGCUUCGGCAACAACGACAACAACAACACCUGCUGCUACUACUACUUUAUUUCCCGCUACUAGUACAGCGGUACCAACAAAUAUGAACGAUAUAAAGACUGAAGAUAAGGACAUACACGAGCAUCAACAUGUACAGCAACCAAGUGAAUUAUCAUUUCCAAAAGAUAUUACAUCCCAAAUUAAUGAUAUAAUCUCAGCAGACAUAGAACAAAAUCAAGCGUUUAGAAAUCCUUUGUUCAAUGAAGAAUUGAAAUAUUGGUUAAAUACUAAGAAGACAUUAAUGCAACCAUACAAAGAAAUGCCACAAUCAAUGCUCUCUCAAUUAGAAUCAUCACUACUAAAUUGUCCCGAUUCUUUAGAUGCAGAUUCACCCUACUUGUAUAGGAAACCUCUCUCUUUACCACAUCCAACGUCAAUUUUCUUUCCUAAUGAGCCAAUAAGAUUCAUUUAUCCAUUCGAUCUCAAAUUAAGUAACAACGCCACUAAUAAUAACACAAAUACCUCCAGCCAGAAAAAAGUGAAAAAUGAUAUUUAUUCAAAUACUUCAUUGGCAAAAAUUUUUACAAAAUUUGAUCUGGAUACUUUAUUCUUCAUCUUUUAUCACUAUCAAGGUACAUAUGAACAAUUUCUUUCCUCAAGGGAAUUGAAUAAAAACAGAAACUGGCAAUUUAACAAAGUUGACCGUUGUUGGUACUAUAAAGAGAUUGAAAAAUUACCACCAGGAAUGAAUAAAUCUGAAGAAGAAUCCUGGAGAUAUUUUGAUUAUAAGAAAAGCUGGCUAGCAAGACGUUGCUCGCCAGAUUUUGUAUAUAAAAAAGAAGAUUUUGAAAAACUCUGA